AUGAUCCAGAACCAAUCUAGAAGAGAGAUGCAAGAUCAACACAGUGAUGUAUAUGGAGGUGGGGCAAGUUCGGAUUCUAAGAGUAAAGUGUUUCCGGAGAUUGUUAGGAGCAGAGUGCUGAUGAGUCUUGGAAAGUUACUAAGAGAGGAAAGGCUCGUGUGGAGGAUAAGCAUCAGAUGUACAUGUCUGAAGCAGAACUGCAAAUGUAUGAGCCGAGUCAGUUACCAUUAUGAGGAAGGAGAAAUGUUUAGGUUUCAAGAGUGGGUGUUGGAUGUGGAUGAAGAGAGUAAUGGUUGUGGAGGAGGGGAGAUGGAGAUUGAAGGAAUCCAAACAAGAACGGUUGAAGCAAGGACAAGAGGUUUGGUUCCAGUGUGGGGUUAUCUCCAGUCUUCAAAACCCCAACAAGUGAUGAGAGAAUCAUUCCAGAGUCCAAGGAACACUACACAAGGUGAUCAGGUGACUCCUCUAGAGGGUCAUGGAACAGAGACUGAGUUCGGAGUUGUACAUGGCAAGGAAGAGAACUUGAGAUCAGAAGAAGAGAGCGUGAGGUCUGAAGAAGGUAGCUCGAUAUCAGAAAGACCUAAGCCCAUGAUUAUCGAGGUUUGUUAAUGAGGUUUCUUUACCAAAAUUAGUGUGUGGGUCCCACCAAAAUUAUAAAAUCGGUGACAGAAAGGCAUGAGAUAAGGAUCUAUUGUGGUGGGUUUUUUGCACUGUUCGCGGACCCACCGACACGUGCCGGUCCGCGAUUGGUGCGGUUUUAAAUUUUUUUUUAUAAUUAGACAAAUUUUUUUUUUUUUAAGAAACCCAGAAGGAUUAUAGGGUCAAUGAUGCUCUAACGAAGGUAUUGCAAAAGAGUUGGAAUAGAAGGUGAUGUUGUUAUUCGUUUAUUUAUUUCACCACAAAUUCAGCUUCAUGUUCACAUACAGAAGAACAAACAUAACUGUGGAAAAAUUGUAUAGAAAAAGGAAAAGUAAAAAAAAAUUGACAUAUUGUUUAGAUGUAAAUAGGAAUAUACUUUUCUUUUUGUUACGGAUGCCCUUUGAUUCCCGAACAUCAUCUUGGCAUGUAAAUGAAACUAUAAAGAUUUAACAUUGUUUACUGCAAA